GCCAGAUUGCUUGCCGUUCAUGCUGCGAGAGGUCUGAAUGUUGCUGAUAUACUCUCCAAGCAAGAGGCGAUCAAGCUAUUGACCAAGGUGCUCGAUGAAAUAAAAUCUAGUAAAAUGGGAACAAGUGCAGGUGCAGCAACAAGAGCUGGUGCAAGCAAUAGUGAUGGUGCAGCAGAUAAUGUUGCAGGAAGCCAGACCCCAGAGGAAGCUGACAGUGAACAGCCUCGCACUCAGAGAAACGAAAAGCAAUCUGACAAAAGAAGAUUUGUGGCAGCCAUGCUAUCCCUCGCCAUGGCGAUCCGCAAUAGCAAUGUGAUGAGCAAAGAAGAUUUUGCUGAUGAUAUCCACGAAGAUGCAGAACUGGUGGAGAAGCUCGCUGAGAUACUGAAGGUAAACAAGCACAGCAAGGCUGAAUGUUUGAGGGCGGUGAAGCUUACCUGCCAGGUGGUGAUUGCAAUGACUCAAGACGAGCCCAGCUGCAUCCAACGUUUCAAUGGGCAUAGCUUCAAGGAAUCACUGACAGAGGUUUCGAAAAACAUGGCGGAGGUUGAUGGCUGCGUGCUCUUUGCUGGGAACGAUCGUGAGGUGAUCAAGCCUGCCAGGUCUCUCGCUUCUCUUGUGAGGGAAGCACAGGGACACCUAGGGACAGCACAAGAACAGGGUAACUGAUAUCUCUGCCUGAUCAAGGGGCUAUCAUUCAGCACGUAUACGUUUGUUAUUGUUAUACUGUAUCCUAUUAUAUUUGUGAGAAAAAAGCGUGUAUUUCUGCUCUCAUUUGAAAACUAGGAUUUCCAAUUCAUGUUAAUGGUCCACAUAGUCAUGUGGUAUCAAUGUCGCUACUACAAGAUAGCCAGUGACUCUGUAAUUGUGUUUGGUACUGCAAAAGUCAACUAGGAUUGUCUUUGAAUUUGAUUACACAUCUUCAUGAUAGAUGUGUUCAGUUCAGUUUACUCAAUAAAGAGUUCGGGGUUCCAAUGUUCA